UUUUGUCACAUCAUUGUUCUUCGACCCAAAUAGAAUUUUCAUCCUUCCACGAUGGCAAAAGCUUUCUUCUGCCUCCUUCUCCCACUCCUCAUCGCCUUCUCUCAAACAUCUCCGACCACCGGAGCAGAUUCCACCUUCGUGCAAUCCGUAAAACGGAACCCAAUGAAGCUCCGAUCAGAAAAACUCAGCCACUUCCGAUUCUACUGGCACGAUAUCAUCAGUGGCCCCAACCCGACGGCCGUCAACAUCGUGCAACCGCCUGGCAACAAAACAACACCCACCGGAUUCGGUAUGAUCAACAUGAUCGACGAUCCAUUGACGGAAAAACCAGAAGCAGAUUCCAAGUUAUUGGGGAGAGCACAGGGGUUGUACGGACUGGCGUCACAGGGGGAGCCUGGGUUGUUAAUGGCGAUGAACUUUGUGUUUUCAACAGGAAAGUAUAAUGGGAGUACUUUGACGAUUUUGGGGCGGAAUCCGGUGUUUCAUAAGGUGAGAGAGAUGCCGGUGAUCGGAGGAAGUGGGCUUUUCCGGUUUGCUAGAGGGUAUGUUCAGGCGAGUACGCAUACUUUUGAUUUGAAAACAGGGGAUGCAGUUGUUGAGUAUAAUGUUUAUGUUAUGCAUUAUUGAUAAUUUAAUCUUUGUUGUUUUUGUUUCUCCGGCAACAAGUUAAAUCAUUUUUGGUUUUAGUUUUGGUUUUGUUGUUGGUUUGAUGUUUAAUAAAUUAUCUUUUUUUACA